AACACUCUGAGAUUUGAGGGACAAACAUCUUGUUUUUCUCUCUACAGUGGACGGAAGAAAAGUCACUUCUUUAUUUCUCUGCUUUUUUUUGGCGACAGCGUUUUCCUACUGAACUUCUCUCCUGAGCAAAAAUGAGUCACGUCGAGGUUAAAAACAUGAAGCCAACAAACUUUGAAAACGAGUAUUACGACGAGUAUGAGUACUACAACUUAACCGAUAAAUACACAGAGGGCUCAGCCCGUAAAGGAAGGUCAAAGAAGGAGGCCAGUGAAAACACCAACAGACACAACCCCGGCGGACAUGAGAGGAAGAUAGUGGAGAAACUUCAAAACAGCGAGAAGAAAGCCAAGGAGUGAAUUCUGAGGGCGACUCGGACGGCUUAACCCGGAAACCGACCAUGGCCUCCUUGGCAACAGUAUGAGACUUAACAGACUGGCAGAGCGUCCCGAGCUCCGCAGGGCGAGGUUUAACCUUGGCGUGAGACGGAGUCCACAGAUGUUCCAGCUGAGUUCUUCAUGACAGCAGACUGUGGCUCCACCGCCUGAAGGCGUUGCAAAGCACUCACCAGUGGCAGGGUGUACAUGGGUCCGAUUCGGACCGAGAUGGUGCACACGUGAUUGUGGUGGUGGUUACAGUUGGGUGAUUCUGUUGUUUUUCAAUGUAUUUUUAAAAUAUUUUCACCAUUAAAACUCCUUUUAAAUUA